UUUUUUUUUUUUUAAAUAUUCAUUUGGAAUAUAUUUGUGUGUGAAUUCAGGAAUAUUGAUGAGGUUUAUAUAAGUUCGUGUUUACAUAUAAAUGUGUGUAAGUGGCAAACACAAAGAACAAGGCCAACCACAGAGAGCCAGCUCAAAGGAGAGGAAGAAGGGGGUGUGUGAAAGCAAAGGCAGGCAACUGUAGCUUCUGAUCAUCAUCAUACUCUCUCUCUCUCUCUCUCUCUCUCUCUCUCUCUAGAUCUCAAUGGCUUUGGUUGAGGCAGUGGCAGUGAAGAAAGAGCUCUUUCUUUGUUUACUUAUUUGGAUCAACGCACUCACUUUGGGUCAAGGUAGGCAAAACUGGAAAAAUCAUUACCCAUUCAUCCAGCAAGCAAGCUCAUUCUCCUCCUCCUCCGACUCUUCCUCGUCCUCCGCCGCGUCAAGUGGCGGCGGCAAGGCCUACGACUACAUAAUCGUGGGGGGUGGCACCGCCGGUUGCCCUUUGGCGGCCACCCUCUCCCAAAACUUCAGUGUUUUGUUGUUAGAAAGAGGAGGUGUCCCUUUUGCGAACUAUAAUGUAUCCCAUAUGAAGACCUUCCAUUUAACCCUGGCGGAUAUUUCGCCAAGUUCAGCUUCUCAAGUUUUUAUUUCGACAGAUGGGGUGCUUAAUUCUAGGGCCAGGGUUUUGGGUGGUGGUUCUUCCAUCAAUGCUGGGUUCUACACUAGAGCUAGCACAAGCUAUGUUAGAAAAGCGGGUUGGGAUGCUAGACUGGUGAACGAGUCAUACCCAUGGAUUGAAAAGCAGAUUGUUCAUCAGCCGAAUCUUGUGCCGUGGCAGAGAGCCGUUAGGGACGGUCUAUUGGAAGUAGGGGUCUCGCCUUUUAAUGGGUUCACUUAUGAUCACUUGUACGGAACCAAAGUUGGUGGAACCAUUUUUGACAAGUUUGGCCGCCGUCACACUGCUGCUGAGCUACUUGCUUCUUCAAAUCCUGAAAAGCUCAGUGUUCUAGUUCACGCCACUGUACAAAAGAUUGUAUUCGACACAAAAGUGAAGAAACCAAGGGCAGUGGGAGUCAUAUUCAAAGAUGAACAAGGGAACCAACACACAGCAUAUAUUUCAAAGAGGCGUGGGAGUGAAAUAAUAGUGUCCAGUGGAGCAAUUGGCAGCCCCCAGAUGCUACUACUAAGUGGCAUUGGCCCAAAGGCUGAUCUUAAAAAGUUGAACAUAUCAAUGGUUCUCGACAAUGAGUUUGUCGGUAAAGGGAUGUCCGACAACCCAAUGAAUACGGUGUUCAUUCCCUCUAAUAGACCGGUGGAGCAGUCGUUGAUACAGAUUGUUGGGAUUACGAAGAAGGGUGUGUACAUUGAGGCUAGCAGUGGGUUUGGGCAGUCACAGGAUAGCAUUCAGUGCCAUCAUGGAAUCUUAUCAGCUGAGAUUGGGCAGCUCUCCACCAUUCCCCCAAAGCAAAGGACCAAAGAAGCAAUACAAGCCUACACCAGAAGCAAGAAAGACCUCCCAUACGAAGCAUUCAUGGGAGGCUUCAUUCUAGAGAAAAUUGCCAAUCCGAUCUCAAAGGGUGACCUCAGCCUAGUCAACACAAAUGUAGACGACAACCCCUCCGUCACCUUCAACUACUUCAGCCACCCCUAUGAUCUACAACGCUGUGUGGACGGAAUCCGGAUGGUGGAGAAGCUUGUGAGCUCCAAACACUUCGCGAACCUCACCCAGUUCAACAAACAAACAAACGAGAAGCUACUUAACAUGAGCGUCAAGGCUAAUGUUAACCUCAUACCCAAACACACCAAUGACACGAAGUCUCUGGAGCAGUUUUGUAAAGACACUGUGAUCACUAUAUGGCAUUACCAUGGAGGCUGCCAUGUGGGUAAGGUUGUGAACCAUGAUUAUAAAGUUCUCGGGGUCCACAGGCUCCGAGUUAUUGAUGGAUCGACAUUCACUGAAUCACCCGGGACUAAUCCUCAGGCUACUUUAAUGAUGCUGGGCAGGUACAUGGGAGUGAAGAUAUUGAGAGGAAGACUGGGAAGAUCAGCUGGUAUGUGAAGUUUGAGGCCAAGUAGGAGGAGCAGAAGAGGAGGGGAAUGUCAUGUGAUCUGUAAUAAUGGGAAUGUGGAUUUGGCUAUUGUAAUUCUUAGCAAGCGGUUAAUAUGUAGAGAUAGGCUUGCCCCCCAAAAAAAAAAAUCGUGUUCCUGUUUAUCCACUAUAUUUAGUAUAGCUAUUUAACAGUAUGUGAAGUCAGCUGUUGGUGCCUCUGCUAUGGAACUUUUAACUCAAAAAAAUUGAUCUUUGCAUC